UUCGCCUGCACCGUCUUUGCCUUCGGGCAGACCGGCUCGGGGAAGACCUACACCCUGAUGGGACCCCUGGCACAGAGUGAGAAGCGUCCGGCGGCCCCCGGGGCUGAUGCAGAGGUCCUUCUCCUGCCUCUUGGAGCAGAGACUGAACCGCGGCUCCGACCUGGCUCUCAGUGCCUCCUACCUGGAGAUCUACAAUGAGCAGGUCUGGGACCUUCUGAGCCCGGGACCACCAUGUGCCUUGCCCCUGAGAUGGAGCAAAACCCGCGGCUUCUACGUGGAGAACCAGCUCAGUGUGGACUUCGAGAGCCUGGAGGCCAUUGCCGAUCUGCUUCUGAAAGGAUCCCAGAGGCGACGGACCUCAGCGCACGCCCUCAACAAGCACUCGAGCCGCAGCCACGCUCUCCUGACCAUCCACAUCCGCAGCCGGGCUCCCAGAGCCUGCCCCAGCAAGCAGGGCAUACUCUGCUUUGUGGACCUGGCUGGCAGCGAGCGAGUGAAGGAGACCAACUCCAGUGGGGAGCUCUCCGUGGAGGCCAACAACAUCAACCGCAGCCUCCUGGCACUGGGUGAGACAGGGGUUCCCUCGCAUGGGAGCACAAGCUGCUGGUCCCUGUCAGAGCCCUGUUGCACCCCUUUGGUUCAUCCCCGGGCAGGACAUUGCAUCUCUCUGUUGGCCAAACCCCGAGGGAAGAGGACACACAUUCCCUACCGGGACAGCAAGCUCACCCAGUUGCUGGCCCGCUCCCUGGGUGGCUCAGGCAUCACCCUGAUGGUUGCCUGCAUCUCCCCAUCCUCACGCUGCCUCUCGGAGACACUGAGCACGCUGCACUAUGCCAGCCGGGCCCGGAAAGUCACCACCAGGCCCCUGGCCAACAGGGUAGAGCAGGCGGGGGCUGUGGGCAGGGUGCUCAGCCUCACUGCCAGGACGCACCCCCCCAUCAAAGCCAUCCCCUUGUUCUCCCAGGUGUCCCGGGAGAAGCUGCUGCAAACCUUGGAGGAAGAAAUCCAUGCCCUGCAGCUGGAAAACCUUUCCCUGCGCCAGCAGCUGCGCCUGCCCAGGGUGCCAAUGAGAAGCAUGGAGGUCCCACGGACGCCCUCAAGGGCAGGAGUAUGGCCAGGCUGGGGGGGAGGCAGAUAUGGCCCCACUGGGCUGCAGCACUCCCCUCUUGAAGGGCAGCUCCCAUCAGAGGGGCAGCUCCCAUUGGAGGGAGCCCCAGCCUGGCCCAGCCUCUAUGGGCUCCUGCGGGACUUCGUGGUGGAGAAUGAGCAGAUGAGGCAGCCCUGGAUCUUCUCAGAUCCCAGCAGUGAUGUCUCAGCUGGCCCACCCUGCAGAGCCACCCACAGCUCCUGUGACAGCCAGCCCCUGCUCCAAAGUGCAUGCACCCCUCAUGUCCUCCCUGGCCACCCUGCAAGGCUCCAGCAGCCCGAGACAACACCUGCCUCUGGCCUCCAGUUGCCAAUGAGCUUGGGAGAACCUGAGCUUCACAGGCAUCCCCAGGUGGGGGUGAGGACACACAAGACACCCACCUGCUGCCACCCCCUCUUGCAGAAGCUGUCUCCCUCCUCUAGGUGCCCCAACUGCCCGGGUUGCCCCCAGUGCUGGCCUGAGCCAGCUGAUGCCAUCAUGUCCCAGACACUGCCAGGGCUCCCUGUGCUGCAGCCAGUCCCCCAUGAGGGAAAUGCCACCAUCCUGCUGCCUGGCCAGGAGGACAUGGUUCUGCCUGGCUCCCAUCAGCUCCCUGGGCACUGCCAGCCUCACCACGGGAAGAGCAGGAGAUGGGGCAGGAGUAAGAGCUCAUCUCAGUGGCACCCGCCCCCCCGGGAACUGCCAGGCCUGGAACACUGUCCCAACCCUGAGGGAAGGGUCAUCCCAUCAGCACCACCAUGGCCUGGACUACCUGAACCAAGAGCUGCCGGCACUGUCCCUCUCUUCCAGUGGGAAGAGGUGCCAGACUGGCUGGCAGAGCAGAUCUGAGCAGCCAUGGCUCCCAGCAGCAGCAGGGAUCUGGCACAGCCCAUGCACAAUUAUUACACCUGGGGGGGACAACCAGAGCCCUCGGGGACACCGCGAUCUUGGACUGCACAGACCACAGGACAGAUGGACAGAUGGGGCUCUCCAGCCUGCACAGCACUCACUGUUUAUUUCUGUCUAGUGAGGGGCUGUGCUGCCUGGCAGGACCC